AAACCAAAAUCACAUCUCACACUUUCACUCAUUAACUCUUUUCCAUGGCUUCCACAAUCACCUCUUCCUCCUUAUUCUCUGCCUCCACUCUCUCUCCACCCUCUUCAUCACUCUUCUCCGUCAAACCCACCCAUGCUACCCCCGUUCGCCGCCUCCACGCGCCUCGCGCGUCUUUGUCUGCCGCUGCUCCCCCACCACCCUACGACUUGUCCUCCUUCAGGUUCCAGCCGAUCAAGGAGUCUAUUGUGUCGCGUGAGAUGACGCGCCGCUACAUGACCGACAUGGUCACGCAUGCUGACACUGAUGUUGUCAUCAUCGGUGCUGGAUCCGCCGGACUUUCCUGUGCCUACGAACUCAGCAAGAAUCCUGAUGUUAAUGUUGCCAUUAUCGAACAGUCAGUCAGUCCUGGUGGUGGCGCGUGGCUCGGUGGCCAGCUCUUCUCCGCCAUGAUAGUGCGUAAGCCAGCACAUCUUUUCCUUGACGAGCUUGGUCUUGAGUAUGACGAACAAGAGAACUACGUGGUGAUCAAGCACGCUGCACUGUUCACAUCGACCAUCAUGAGCAAGCUGUUGGCGAGGCCAAACGUGAAGCUCUUCAAUGCUGUGGCAGCUGAGGAUUUGAUCGUGAAGAAUGGGAGAGUUGGUGGGGUUGUCACUAACUGGGCCUUGGUCUCCAUGAACCAUGACACUCAAUCCUGCAUGGACCCCAAUGUGAUGGAGGCCAAGGUGGUGGUGAGUUCUUGUGGCCAUGAUGGACCCUUUGGAGCCACUGGUGUGAAGAGGCUCAAGAGCAUUGGCUUGAUUGAGAAUGUGCCAGGAAUGAAGGCCCUUGACAUGAACAUUGCAGAGGAUGCCAUUGUGAGACUCACCAGGGAAAUUGUUCCUGGCAUGAUUGUUACUGGGAUGGAAGUUGCUGAGAUUGAUGGUGCUCCAAGAAUGGGUCCAACCUUUGGAGCAAUGAUGAUAUCAGGGCAGAAAGCAGCUCAUCUGGCUUUGAGAUCUUUGAAACUUCCCAAUGCAUUGGCAUCUGUUGGAAAUGUUCAUCCUGAGCUUGUCCUAGCUGCUGCUGCUGCUGAAUCUGCUGAAAUUGCUGAAGCUUAAUCAAUGUUGCAUUAAAUUUAGUUUGGUUGUAAUAUCGAUGCUUGCAACUAGAAAUAAUAGCAGUAGUUCUGAAACUAAGCUUUUAAGACGUUGGUAGUGAUGAAUUGGGAUGGUUGAUGUGACUUUCUAUGA